UCAGUUUUAUCGCUGUGUUGGUUGUUUAUAUUGUUUUCAGUUUCUAAUCAAUUUUAUUUUAGACACGUUUAUGUUUGAAAAUAUUUGAUUGGGAAAAUGUAUAGUAUGAAAAUGAGUGUCUGGAUUUGGUGUGGUUGGUGCAAAGCCCGGUCAACACAGUCACUAGUGGAGAAAGAAAGAUGGAGCUUUAGAGUAAGCUCAUUAGGAAGAACUUGGCUUCAGGCAUGGUCUUUCUCACAAACAUUGGUAAUUUCAUAACUCCAUUGAAUGGUCUAGAAGUAAAAAGUGUGAAUUUUUAAUCUGUCAGAAUGCGAGUGGAUUCAUGGUGUAUUUAUGUGAAUAUUUCUGAACUACCUUAACGUAAUGAACAGAAGUAACAUUAUUAUUUCUUCCAGUUGCCACUUUCUCUUGUUCUCUUUAAUGUUCCCUGGAAUCUUCUUGUCCACCGCCCAACCCAAACCUGUUUUCUACUCUGUUUUUGACUAAGGCAUUGAAUUUUUCACCUGUUGAUUUAAAGCCUGCCUGUACUUGCAGCCAUAUAUGCUACCUGACAUUUGUGUAACAUGAGUGAAUUUGCAGAUCAUACUGACACAUUGAGUUGCUGACAUACGAAUAAUGAACUGUAUUUUGUUUGGCCUCGAAUGAGCUAAAGAAGAAGCAGAUGAAAUUCCUGCAGAGGGUGAGGAAGAAGCAGGAGAGGGUGCAGGAGCUGAAACAGACUGUGGACACUAUUAAGAGGGCGUUCACAGGCAGCAGUAGAUGAGAGUGAGAAGAUCUUUACUGAGCUGAUCAGGUCCAUGGAGAAAAAGCGCUCGGAGAGUUUCCCGUCUCUCUGUGUUUCUCCUCGAACUGAGGCCUCACCCACGUUCACUGUCAAUCAACAUCUCUCAUUUGAUGGAGUGAGGAAAUCUCUCUCAGAUCUGAAAAAACGAGUCGAGGAAAUGUAUUUCUGUUAUCUGACUCUGGAUCCCAAUACAGUACAUCAUCAACUCAUUCUGUCUGAGAAGAAUAGAGCGGUGACACGUGGUAGGAAAGACAAGCCAUACUCUGACCUUCCAGAGAGAUUUGAUUCACGCAGUCAGGUGUUGUGUAAGGAGAGUGUGAGUGGACGCUGUUACUGGGAGGUGGAGUGGAGCGGUAUUGGUGUGGACAUAUCAGUCUCAUAUAAAGAGAUCAUCAGGAAAGGAGGGGCAAAGGAGUGUGGGUUUGGAUGCACCAGUCAGUCCUGGAGUCUUCAGUGUUACUCUUCGUCUCUCUGUUUCUGGCACAACAUUAAGACUGACCUCGGAAUUCCAGUAUCCUCCAGAAUAGGAGUGUAUGUGCAUCACAGUGCAGGAACUCUGUCCUUCUACAGCGUCUCUGACACGAUGAAGCUUCUCCAUAGAGUCCACAUCACAUUCACUUAGCCUUUAUACCCUGGGUUCAAGAUAUGUUAUUAUUACUCAACUUUGAAGUUAUGUGAUCUAAAUUAAAUGUUUGUAAAAGUGCUUAAUAAAAUUAAAACUGAGGUGUCAGAUUUCAUUUCAAAAUGUAAUGACAUUAUGUUCAAAUAAAUCUAUUCUAUAUAUUAAUAACAACAUAAAGUUGAUCGACCAAGUCUAAAUAGGGGAAGUCUAAAACUCUGGUUAUUGUAAUCUUACUCUAGUUAACGUGUACAUAGGAAACUAUGGCAUGAUUAUAUGAAGCUAGUUUUACUUAGAUAUUAUUGGUCUGUCUCUGUAGAUUUUACUGGUCGUGACCUCUGACUAGAGAUAACGUUGCUAUAACUAAGUGUUACUAUCUAAGGGGACUAAUAAAGCACUAUUUAGGAAAGCGUAAGCAUGG